GUCUGGAAAGAACUGGACUAUGGCUCCAUGACGGAGGCCGAGAAGCAAAUGCUCGUGUCCGAAGUGAACCUGCUGCGGGAGCUGAAGCACCCCAACAUCGUCCGAUACUACGACCGCAUCAUCGACCGCACCAACACCACCCUGUACAUCGUCAUGGAGCACUGCGAGGGCGGGGACCUGGCCGGCGUGAUCGCGAAGGGCACCAAGGAGAGGCAGUACUUGGAGGAGGAGUUUGUCCUGCGGGUGAUGACGCAGCUGGCGCUGGCGCUGAGGGAGUGUCACCGGCGGAGCGACGGCGGCCACACGGUGCUGCACCGGGAUCUGAAGCCCGCCAACGUGUUCCUGGACGCCCGGCAGAACGUGAAGCUGGGCGACUUCGGGCUGGCGCGAAUCCUCAAGCACGACACGAGCUUCGCGAAGACCUUCGUGGGGACGCCCUACUACAUGUCCCCGCUGCCCGGGACGGAGGGAGGAGGGAGGGUCGCGGGUGGGCGCUGGCCGCUGGCCGGCACGCUGUGUUCCCGGGGAGGAGGCCUGCACGGCUCCCCGGGCCAGCAGUGGCCAGUGCGGAGGCCGCUAACGGCCUUUGAAGCCGUUGGGGACGAGCCGGGACGAGCCCGAGCCCGACGUGCAGGCCCCGGGCGUCUUCUAACCACCGGCACCUUCUUCCGCCGCUUCCCGUCCUUCCGUUUGCCGGGGCGCGGGGCGGAGACGCUGGCAGACGCCGAGAUGGCGCCCCCGACACGCUCACGCUGUGCCCCUCGAGUCUGUUUUGGGGUACAUGACCAAGCAGCUGGCCUCUCCCGGAGGCGCGAGGGCCAGCACUUGGGACGGCCCCCCGAGAAGGGCUCCCUGAAGGCCGGCGCCGACGGGAACGGGGAUGCUUGGGACUCCGGACAGAGGAGGCUCGAGGGGUGA